AUGUGGUCCACGUUGGAUCCCCCCUCCUCCGCACCCUUGGCUCCGAGCAGCUCCUCCCUCUUUUGCUUCUCGGGCCUCAACAGCAGCGACAUCUCCUCACCGGCUCCUGCAUCGAAUCCUGCAGCAGGUUCCUCGGGAAAGAGGCCCAAUGCCUUCAUGAGCUCCAGCACAGCUGUUGUCGCUCCGUCCAGACCCAAGAUCGUGAAAGUCGCCACUAGCAAGACCAUGAUAGGCUCAAGAGCGAAGAAACGCCGGCACUGCGUCACAGGAGGUGGUACGUGGCAAUCAUCGAGCCUGAAUGUGUUCGACUCUCCACCGGCUUCCUCUGCAACGAUGUUGUCUUUUCAGUCUGCGACAGGAGUGAAGUUCUCCUCCAACAACAUGAUCUGCGAUAAACUGGUAGAUCCCGCCAGAGAGGAAAGAUUUGCAUCAAGCACACAGCAAAGUGCUUCUAUCAACGAUAUGGAAUUCGAGUACAACCAGAACCCCUCACUACACCCCUUUCGAGCACCUUUAGCGCGUGGUGUAUUCCAUAUGACGCCUCUCAGAUCCUCUGCAGAACAGUUUAAACGCUUUGAUACAGCCAUGGAAGAGUUCGGAACCGACAACCCAAGCUCGAGCAUGAAGCUGCUGCUGACCAUGGGCACCAACGUGCUAGCAAACGUCCUCAGGCACGUCUACAAGUCAAGCACGAACAAAGCGUUGACCCUGAAGUCCGGACGAGAAAUUGCUGAGAGUAUGAGCAAUGAAGCUCGAGGAAAGUGGUCGAGGAGCAUGCUCGACGAGCUUGAACAAGGGCAUGUCGAUGAAUGGGACAUCGACGUGCUAUCCCAUCUCCUCAUCGUCAGCCCCCGGUACGUCCAUGACUCGAAGGCAGUGGCUGCAAUCGAGGAGCUCAGGAACGCAGGGAAUGAUUUCACUCACUCGGCAUGGAGGACAGCAGAUGGAGAGUUCCGGAGCAAGUGGAAUCGAGUCAGAGGAGCCCUGGAGACUUUGAUAAGCUCCUACUUGAUGCCCGGACAUGCGAGUCUACUCAAUCAAAUCAUCGCCAUCUCAAACCAACUGGGCGAGGUGAAAAGCGACCGUGACCAUGGCAGCCAUGGCGCGGCGUCCAGCCGCCAUGGUGCCCGAAGUUCCAACUUCAUCGACUGA